AUGAUUUAUGUCUUCAACCAAACCAAAAAGAGCUGUCACUCUGAGCGAGGGCCUGGUGGAGCUGAGCUGUGCAAACAUUUCCUGCAGCUCAGCAUCUCCUGCAGCCUGGCAGGAGGCUCCUGGUGCAGGGGCUCCAGCAGAUUUAGGGGCAGACAGAAAUACCGGCUGCAAGCUGUCACUGCUUUUAGCAGCACAUGCUCCUCGCGGGGCUGGAAUGAUAUCUCCAGUGACUGCCAGUCCUCCUCCUCAGAAACCUGUUCUUCGUUGGACAAAAUGUCAGGCAUUACAAAAACAAAACAAGGGAUGGCAUCCAGGGAACCAGCGCUGAGCUGCCGUUGUCGGGGAAACCAGCCCCAGUCUGUCUCCUGCAGGGAAUUUGUUCUCAGAGCAGCUCUGCUGUGGAGCAGGCUGGGUUUGUGUCCCCCAGCUCAGCCCCCAGGUGCUGCAGGGCUGCUCCCCCAGAACUGCAUCCCCCCAGGGCUGCAUCCCCUCCCAGAGCUGCAUCCCCCCAAAGCUCCAUCCCCCAGAGCUGCAUCCCCCAGAGCAAAGCUCCAUCCCCCAGAGCUGCAUCCCCCAGAACUGCAUCCCCCAGAGCUGCAUCACCCAGAACUGCAUCCCCCAGAACUGCAUCACCCCAGAACUGCAUCCCCCAGAGCUGCAUCCCCCAGAGCUGCAUCCCCCCAAAGCUCCAUCCCCCAGAGCUGCAUCCCCCAGAACUGCAUCACCCCAGAACUGCAUCCCCCAGAGCUGCAUCCCCCAGAACUGCAUCCCCCAGAACUGCAUCCCCCUCCAGAGCUGCAUCCCCCAGAGCUGCAUCACCCCAGAACUGCAUCACCCCAGAACUGCAUCCCCCAGAACUGCAUCCCCCAGAGCUGCAUCCCCCAAAGCUCCAUCCCCCAGAGCUCUGUGUCCCAAAGCAGCUCUGUGAGCCCGGCCCCUCCAGCCCUUCCUCCGGGAGCACCUGCAGCUCUGGGCAGCUCUGGCAGCUCUGCAGGACCUCCAGCUCAGGGGGACCCCCAGCUCAGGGGGACCCCCAGGGCAGGACCCCCAGCUCUGCAGGAUACCCCAGCUGAGGGGGACCCCCAGGGCAGGACCUCCAGCUCAGGGGGACCCCUAGUUCAGGAGGACCCCCACAGCUCAGGGGGACCCCCCCCCCAGCUCAGGGGGACCCCCCCCCAGUUCAGGGGGACCCCAGCCCCACACCAGAAUCCCAGUUCCACCCACAGCCCCAUGGAGUUCGUGUCCCAAAAGGGAAAAAAUGUCCAAACUGGACAAUUCCAUUCCCCAAUUCCCAAACUCUUCCCCCGUGGCUGGGGCAGGGCUCAGUUGGGUUUUGCCCUUCAGGUUUUGUUCCCUGGUUUUCCUUCUCUUGCUAAAGCAGUUCUUUGUUACUGAUCUCACUCUUUGAGAACCUGAAUCAACAGCUCUCGAGUUUUCCUUUGUAUUCCUGUUUUGAUGCUCUUGUGUUCUCCAAAUGAACCAGGAAUGCCCCAAAUAUUUAUUUCCUUUCUCCCUUUCUCUUAAAAGGACCUUUUUUGGAAAUCUGUGCUUGUAUUUAUAUGAUUUGACCCAAAAUACAGAUGUGGAAGAGCACCUGGAAAAGGAUUAGAGGCCAGAAAUUAAAAAUUCAUUCCUUUCUCCUGCUGUAUAAAUUAUGAUAUUUGAAAAACAAUUUUCCCCAA